CAAAACAAGGCCCACUAAGCUCGUUACAAACUAGGGUUUCAAUGUCAUAUAUAAAAAACCAAACACUACCACCAUUUCUCUUUUGACAAAAGGUUCCAGCAGCAGCAUCAGUAUCCAAAACCCUAAUUUCUUCAAAUCUCGGAACCCCAUUUUCAACCAUGUCGUCGAAGAGAAAGGUUAGGGAGCCAAAGGAAGAGACAGUAACAUUGGGUCCAGCUGUUAAGGAUGGUGAACAUGUUUUCGGUGUUGCUCGCAUUUUUGCUUCGUUUAACGACACCUUCAUUCAUGUUACUGAUUUAUCUGGCAGGGAAACCCUUGUCCGUAUCACUGGUGGGAUGAAAGUUAAGGCUGACAGAGAUGAAUCAUCUCCCUACGCUGCUAUGCUUGCAGCACAGGAUGUUGCUACUAGAUGCAAGGAGCUUGGUAUUACUGCACUUCACAUUAAGCUCCGUGCCACUGGUGGAAACAAGACUAAAACACCUGGCCCUGGUGCUCAAGCUGCUCUUCGUGCUCUUGCUCGUUCUGGAAUGAAAGUUGGUCGUAUAGAGGAUGUCACACCCAUUCCUUCCGAUAGCACCCGUAGAAAGAGUGGUAGAAGGGGUAGAAGGCUUUAGAUACCUUAUGGUGUAUGGAAGCUGGAGUUGUAUCUUUUACUUUCCAUGCCAAACAGAAUUGUGGCAUUUUGAAAUUUGAAAUUUAGCCAUGUUUGAUUCAACACCUAAACAUAAGUAUUUCUUGUGUUAUUUUAGGAAGACUACUGAAAUUUUUGAAUGUUGGUUGCUAUGUUGUCCGAAUUAGCUUUAUUGUUUACUUUCAUUGUUUGUUUGAGAACUUGCCAGAUUAUUAGAAUUAUGUUCAGCUUUGUGCGUUUGGUCUA